GUGUGGUUGUUAUUGAUUGUGAGGGCAUUAAUGAUCCUAAUCAGGAAGUUCCAUUGGCAAACAAGCUUUUGGUUUUAUGUCUGGCCAUCUCUUCAACACUUAUAUAUAAUAUUCAUGGAGUUAUUGGAAGAGAUGACAUUGAGACAUUAUCCCUAAUGACUAAAAUCGUAUCUCAAAUCCAACCUCCAAAUGAAUUCCAAUUUUUACCAAACCUGGUCGUUCUCCUUCGAGAUUUUCAAUUAGAUAAUCCGCCUGAUUUUGUAGAGUAUUUUCUUGACAGAUUAUCAAAUGUUAAUGAUGAUGCCGCAAAUGACGUUAAAAAAUUUUUUAAAAAUUUCCAAGUUUAUCCGAUUCCUCACCCAGGAAUUCGACAAGAAGCAAUGAGAAACAUGAGCACAAUUAGGACAAACCAAUUAGAUCCUGUUUUUGUUACAAAGAUUGAAGAAGCCGUAACUAAUAUUUUUGAAGACUUGCCUCCAAAAUAUCUUGAUGCUUCAGCAAUGACAGGAGUAGCUUUUGCUGAGUUUCUUGAGAGAUGUGUUGCACAAAUAAAUGACCCAGAAAACACCAUGUUAUCGAUUCCAAGUGCAUAUGAAGCUACUAUUGAUUACGCUGCCCAAAAGGCAUAUGAAGCUUGUAUUAAACGUUAUAAUGACAAGAUGAACCAAAUGAUGAACCAAAUAUAUAUUGAUGGAUCUCCAAUUCCUUGGGAAGAGUUUGAAAAUACUCAUAGUGACGCGUUUGAAUCGGCGCAUAAUGAUUUCAUUAAACAAAUCCUUGGAAGUGCUGAUCAAAUCCAGUCUUUUCGAAAGACAUUUUGUGACAAGAUUACUGUUUUAAAAGAUAAAUAUUAUAAAGACAACUCUGCUGCCUUAAUCCGAUAUCAUAAAGAAUGGGCUCAUAAACUUUGGGAAGAGCAUGUUGCUCCUGGAUUGGAAAUAACAAAUCUUUUUGAUACGGAUGGAUUUGAACAAGCAAUUAAUUUGUUUGAACAAAUUUAUGGAACUAUAGUUAAACCAGGGCAGGAAGCUGUACAAGUACUAAACGAAUUUAAAGCCAACCAAUACGAAGAUUCCAUUAGGCUCUUAAAUAAUUAUAAUGUUUUUCGUGAGGAACAUGCAAACAAAAUGUUAGCACGUCAACAAAAUGAACGUCAACAAUAUGAAGUUUUACAAGAAGAAAUAAA